GUGCACGAGUGGCCCCUUGGUGCGGUGAGUCUGGCCCUGUGUACUUUGGAGUCGUCUCUAGCUGCAAGCUCUAACUUCUUCUGACCGACCCAGGACUCUGGCUUCGAGGCCGUUACCUGGAGAGGCCAGUCUUGGGGGUCUCGGAUUUGGUCCUGCUUUUGUCGUUGUAUUCCAGGCAGUCUGGCCCGAACUCAGGAGGAACAUUAGUGUGUGGCAGGGAGAAUUCUGUAACCGAGAGACAGACGACUCCGUUGCUGGAGAGAGACAGUGGCGGGGAGGACGGCAGAGUUCACGGACGCGUGGUGGGAGCAUCGGUAGGGCUGGAGAAGAGGCUUAGGUGGGCCUGACACUUCGGAGUUUGCUUUCUUCCGUCUCCUGUCUUACUGCCAUUGCAGGGAAGAUGGAAGAGCUGAGCCAAGCCCUAGCCAGCAGCUUUUGUGUGUCUCAAGAGCUGAACAGCACAGCUGCCCCCCACCCUCGCCUGUCCCAGUACAAGUCCAAGUACAGCUCCCUGGAGCAGAGCGAGCGGCGGCGCAGGCUGCUGGAGCUCCAGAAAUCCAAGCGGUUAGAUUAUGUGAACCAUGCCAGAAGACUGGCCGAAGAUGACUGGUCAGGGAUGGAGAGUGGGGAAGAGGAGAGCAAGAAAGAUGAAGAGGACAUGGACAUAGACCCUGGCAAGAAGCUACCAAAACGCUACGCUAAUCAAUUGAUGCUUUCUGAGUGGUUAAUUGAUGUUCCUUCAGAUUUGGGACAAGAAUGGAUUGUGGUUGUGUGUCCUGUUGGGAAAAGAGCCCUUAUCGUGGCCUCCAGGGGUUCAACCAGUGCCUACACUAAGAGUGGCUACUGUGUCAACAGGUUUUCUUCCCUUCUGCCAGGAGGCAACAGGAGAAACUCAACAACGGCCAAAGACUACACCAUUCUGGAUUGCAUUUACAGUGAGGUGAACCAGACGUACUAUGUUUUGGAUGUGAUGUGCUGGCGAGGACAUCCUUUUUAUGACUGUCAGACUGAUUUCCGAUUCUACUGGAUGCAUUCAAAGUUACCGGAAGAAGAAGGACUUGGAGAGAAAACCAAGAUUAAUCCUUUUAAGUUUGUAGGGCUAAAGAAUUUCCCGUGUACCCCUGAGAGCCUGUGUAAGGUACUGUCCAUGGAUUUUCCUUUUGAGGUAGAUGGACUGCUCUUCUACCACAAACAGACCCACUAUAGCCCUGGAAGUACUCCUUUGGUGGGCUGGCUGCGCCCCUACAUGGUGUCAGAUAUUCUGGGUGUAGCUGUUCCAGCUGGUCCACUGACCACCAAGCCAGAAUAUGCUGGGCACCAACUCCAACAGAUUAUUGAGCACAAGAGGAGCCAGGAGGACACAAAGGAGAAACUCAGACACAAGGCUUCUGAGAACGGCCACUAUGAGCUGGAGUACCUGUCUACUCCCAACAGCUCCGAGAGCCUCAUGGACAACUAAACUGGACAACCCACGAAAGACUGGAGCAGAGGACAGUGAUAGCCAUAGGUGACCUUAUCUCACUGCAUACUUUCCAAACCCACGCUGCCAAAACCAGGUUGCCCUCUGUCUAGAAUGUUGGCUCAGACUGUUGGGAGUAGGCCUCUUUUGGAUGGAGUUGGAAUCCAGGUAGAUAUGAAUAUCUCUUGCUGUGUUAAGUAUAUUCUAGGUCCACAGUGUAAAUAUAUAUAUGUGAUUCUUAAGAAAAA